CAGUGUUUUGCCAGGAUUAUAUUGUCUGCAGAGAGACUUUCCUUGCAACUGGGGUAGUCCACGUUGUAAGUCACUUUGCAUUGUAGUAGUUUCUGUCUUUAUUUGGCUUCUUGCACAAUUUCGUUUUGCCACUACAUUUUACCAAAUUUCUUAGCAAAUUCAAAUAUUUGGUUGGGCAGUGCUAAACGUAGAGUAAUGAGGGCUGCUUCUCUAUUUUAUCUUUAUUACUUGUUUGUUAUUUUAUCUCUGCAACUUAAAGUUGCAUAACAUUAUCUGAGACUGAGAGUAUAUAUAUGUACAUGUCUGUAUGUAUAUUGUCUGGGUAGACUGGAACCUGCUUUGUGAAUGCAAGAUGCAUGAAGAAAUUGAAAGGGUCAAUGGGCAGGUUUUUGCCCAUGCAUCCCUUUACAUUUAGUUUUUAAAAGUAUUGGAGUUUGUCCCUCUCCUUCUUGUAGUUGCCUUCCACUUCCCCACUACAUAAAUUCUGGCUUUACCCCUCUUGGCUACAUGCAUAUUCAUUCAACCAAUACAUUUUAUGGAUCCCAAAAUUAACUUCUUGCGGGAUAUUAAAUUGAAAAGUGCCAAUACUUUCCCUCUAAUUAAAGUUCAGAAGGGGAAACAUAAUCAAGAGGUUUAGGCAAAUACCUACAUAAGUAAAAUUAAAAGAAUUUUUAUUUGUAUGCACCAAAUCUAGUACUUGCCAUCUCAAGCCUUAUUAAAAUGAAAUGAAGCCUUGUUUUCAGAGACAGAGAGAAAAGUGUCUGCUAUUUUUCUGUUAUUCUUUGGGAUUGUUAGAUGUUCAUCACCUGAGAAGCUUUGAGAUCUUCCUUCAUGUCCAGCAUCUUAAUGGAAAGGUUGUGGUUUUCUUAUUGAAAAGUAUUAGUUGAAAACUCAACUAUUAAACUUCAUAGUCAUAUCUUCAAUACAUAUGAUGAUAAAUGACUGCUGGUUUUAUAUUUAUGUUCAAAGAUGCCAACUUUUCAAUUAACUGCGGUGGUCCAGCGAGGAGAUCUGCUGAGGGAAUAUUGUACGAGGCUGAAAAUUCUACUUCCCUUGGCCCGGCAUCGUAUUAUAUGGUUAGUACAGAAAAAUGGGCAGUCAGCAAUGUGGGGAUUUUUUCCGAGAGAAGUGAUCCAGUAUAUACCAGGAACACCUUGGCACAAAUUAGGAGCACCAGCACUCCAGAGCUUUUCCAGACUUCAAGGAUGUCUCCGGCUUCACUUAGAUACUAUGGCUUAGGACUACAAAAUGGAGAUUACAAUGUAAGUCUGCUAUUUGCGGAGACUAUUUUUAGUGAUAGAAGCACACGUACAUGGGAGAGUUUUGGGAGGCGCGUUUUUGAUAUUUACAUUCAGGGGACUCGCCAACUGAAGGACUUUGAUAUAUCAAAGGAGGCAGGUGGGGUUGAAACAGCAGUCCAGAAGAAUUUCAAUGCUACUGUAACCCAGAAUUAUCUUGAAAUUCAUCUAUUUUGGGCUGGGAAGGGUACAUGUUGCAUUCCUGUGCAAGGCGAUUAUGGACCAUUGAUUUCAGCCCUCAGUGUUGCUUCAAGUAAUAAACCUAAGUAAAAUGAUUAUUACACAUAUAUUAUAUAGAUAAAUAUACAUGAAUUUCUUUUCCCUCUUUCAAAUACAAGAUGUUUAGAUGCCCUUCUCUACUGCUAUAGACCAGCGAUAAGUGAUUAAUAUCUGUUUUGCUCAGAGUUUACACCUACUGUUAGUGGACUACCUCCAACAACUUUGCUACCUCCAACAACUCAAUCAAAGAAAAACAGGAC